AUGGAAUACCCUCCACAGUAUCAACAGCCUCAUGGCCAACAUCCACAUGCUCCGUCGCAUAUUCCUGGGCCUUAUCAAACGGGCCCGCCAAAUGCUGGUCCUCCAGUUGGGUCCAUGGCAUCCCCUACCAACCCCCAGGCGCCUAUGCAACAGUCACACUCCGCUCAUCAGACCUCCCCCAUCGUUCCAUCUCAACAGCAUUAUCAACAAGGCCCAAAUGCGCCGGGUGCCGUCCACCAGCAGAUGAACUUCCCACAAGGCUAUGGAGUCACUACCGCUAUGCCUCAAUCAUAUGGUAUCUCACCAACCCAGGCUGCUGCCAUGGCUACUGCUGCCGCGUCGGGUCAGUUUUACCCACUUCAUCAGGAUGUGACCGGUCAAAUGGCGCAAGGGUCUCGGGGCUCUCCACGCAUGGCAGGGGUACAGAUGAAGCCUGAUCGGAACCCUCGAUCCCCACCACAGAUGCCCGGCCAGAUGCCUCCGAUGGGCUCUCAAGUUCAGAUGGCCCCCAACAACCAACUGCCACCGCGUCGCAUGAGUCAUCACCUCCCCCGAUGGCGGCCCCCCCAGGCCCCUGUACAACAGAGUCAACCCUCCCCUGAGAUGGUUGCCGGAAGCAACCAAGAAGAGUCCCCGCUUUAUGUCAAUGCCAAGCAGUUCCAUCGCAUCUUGAAGCGUCGUGUUGCGCGACAGAAGCUGGAGGAACAGUUGCGCCUGACUUCUAAGGGUCGCAAGCCUUAUCUUCACGAAUCACGACACAACCAUGCGAUGCGUCGCCCUCGUGGUCCUGGUGGUCGCUUUUUGACAGCGGAUGAAGUGGCUGCCAUGGAGAAGAAGGUAGCAGAUGGUGACCCCGACCCCAUGGCUGAGAUCAUGGGCAAGGAAAAUGGCUCUGGUCAGAAGCGCAAGUCUAGCGAGGUCAACGAGGAUCAUGUGAACUUGAAGAAGUCCAAGACCAGCGCUAGUGCUGAGGCCAGUGAACAAGACUCUGCCGACGUAUCUGAUGAUGAUGGUUGA